AUGUUCUUGUUGUCCUAUUGCAGUUGCACAAGCAACACACAAUACUAUUGCAGUAUUGUUACUGCAAUAGGACAACAAGAUUCAGUACCAGAUCAUGAUAAUGAACUCAAUGCAAUUGUGGAUGCUGAACUUCUACCUCAAAUUGGUGAGGCCAGAGGAAGAGACUCGAAUAAGGCUCUUCUACAAGUAUUUAUUAAUAGGCAUUUUAACUAA